CAUGCAGUUCCAAUUCCCGUACAGCGUCUUCACUCCAGCUGUGACUGGUGACAGAGCGUCGAGCAAUGGAGACAGUAAAACCCGCCCGGAUGUUUAGCAUCACCCGGACAUAUUUCAUCAGCAUUCAUUUGUGCGUGUGAAGAUGCACGGUGCGCUUCGUUUGCCGUUGGCUUCUGUCUAAUGCAGGCGGACGGAUAAUUGGAUGACUUAAAGUUCGUCUCUGGAUGCGUGUGUGUGAGGGGCUGAGCGCUGCGGAUCCAGCGCCUCAUGGUGUUGGCUGCGGGCUUCACCUCUGGCGUUUGUUGGUUCUCUGCUGAGAGGAUGCUGCAGGCGCCGAGCCGAUCAGAUGAUUCCCCGCGCUGUUUGACAACAACAACUCUCAGGGUGCCAAGCUUCCGUUGAGGUAGGACCUUUUCUGUGGGCCUGCUCCUGCCACUCAGCAGCCAUGGACCCCCUCCCAGAGUACUCUCAGUUCCUGGUCCGGAUCUUAGAGGAUCUAGACACAAAGCACAACACCAUGUCCUACCAGGACCUGUGUAAGUCCCUGUGCGCCCACUUUGACCUGGUGCACCUGGCCAAGCUCCGCAGCCUGCUGUUCUACACAGCCUGCCUUGACCCCGCAUUCCCAGCCACACUCUUCAAGGACAAGAUGCGCUGCUCUGUGGAGGACCCGCAAUCCAAGAAGCUCAUGGUGGCCGCAGACAUCGUCACCAUGUUCAACUUGAUCCAGAUGAAUGGAGGCAUGGCCAAAGACAAGCUCCCCCCAGUGCACAGGGCCAAAUUCCACAAGAACAAGUCGGUGGACCUAUGCAGGUCUGAAAGUGAUGCCUAUAAGUAUCAAGACUCUGACAGAGGGCCUGGUUACGAGCACAUGGAUCACCCCAUGGAUGGACACCACCACCAUCACCACCACCAUCACCCUCAUCGCUCCCCAAAGCAGCAACCUGUGGAUCAGAGCGCCUCUCCCUGUCCUAAAAGAGCUGAGUGCAAUAAGUGCCAGCCGUUUAUUCCCACCUCAGACCCCAAUUUCCUUCUGGGGGUCAGCAAGGACCUGAAAUGUAGAGCAGCCUCUCUGGACAAACUUCACCAUCUGCCCCAGUAUCCUAGCAGCAGUCCACCCACUCCGCCCUGCGAAAUGCAGAGCACUUACUUUCCAAUGGACAUAGACAGCGAGUCCACUACCGACCAGGAGUCCCUGCAGCACAUUGGCCACCCAGAGCCCUUUCCUGUUCACUCCUGCAUCCAGAAGAGGAGCGUCUUUAAGGAGGACUUUCACAACUUUGCUGCCUUCUCACCGCAGGUCAUCACCACUGAGAGCAAGCAGGGCAGUAAGGCUUCUGAGAGCUACCACAGGAGAGAGCUAAACAAGCCCACCACCUUCUUCAACCACAGCUUUGAACUGCCUUACAGCAACCCUUACUUUGAGCCUACACUCAACUCCCCUCUUCAGGACCGACGGAGGGUGAAGCACGAGAGUCUGGACGACCUACAGGCGUCCACAUACUUUGGUCCGACCACCGUCUCUGAGUGCGUCAGCAGCAGGAAGCACAUUAACAAAGUAGGAAAGCAGCCGUUGUGGCCAGUGAAGAGCCUCAGUCUCAACACAGAAGAGGGACCUCCAGACUUUGAGAGGUCGUUUCUGAACAGCAAGUUGCUCAAAGACAACCACCAUCGUACGAUCAGCAUCAUCAGCACGAACAACGAUCAGCAUUUUCAGAGCCCCAACGAAAAGGUGGUGGCUUCGCCUUCUGGAUUUGCAAAGAAAACAAAUGGAAUAAAAAACAAGGAUGCAGUAUUAAUAGCAAGUGGGCCUUUGUGUUUGGACAAAAGAGAGGCAGCUAAAAGGUUUAGGGACAAAAAUAUGAGCAGUCCAUCAUUUCAGGGAGGGGACAACUUCUCUAGCAUUGGGACUCAAACAGAGCAGGCUGAGCAGAAGAAGGUGAAGGAACACCCAGCUAAAUACAGUGACAGAGAGAGACACGCCUUCAAACACUCUGAAGAGGACUCUGAGAUCGUCAGUGAUGACAUAAGUGACAUUUUUCGUUUCCUGGAUGACAUGAGUAUUUGUGACUCUCUGGGAGUUGUCCAGUCAUCGUUCUACAACAGCACUGGGUCUCUCUCUCAGGCAACGCUGAAGUCGGAAGGCGAUAGCUCCCCUGAACGCAACACGGUCAAACUAGCAAAGUCCAAGCUGGACCGCCUCUUCCAUUCACUAGAAAACACAGACGAUGAGCUCAAGUCGAGUGUGUGUAAACUGGUGAUGAGGAUCGGUGAAAUUGAGAAGAAGCUGGAGUCUCUGUCAGGGGUCCGCAGUGAGAUUUCCCAGGUCCUCUCCAAGCUCAACAAGCUGGAUGAGAAAAUCCAAGAGCCCCUUGCCAAUGGAAGACAUAGGGAGACGGCGUCUGCAUCUGCUUGCAAUGCAACCCCAAACAAGUCGCACCCCCACCCCCAACCACAUCUUGACGUCACCCUCUCACCUCAUACUUUCCAGUGCCACACCACCGUCCACAAUGUCAAAGUGGACAAUGCCCCCUUGGGGGAGUGGUGCUGCUUGGAUGGGAGUAACAGCUAUAGCCUCAGGGUGAAAGCUCUGAAGAAGAGCAUGCUCACCAGGAGGACAUCCCGCUCUCUCAACGAGGAGAACAGCGCCACUGACUCAAAGGUUGGAAGCAUCACCAACUCUCCACGGGACUGGGGGACUGUGUCCUACUCCUGCCACCCUGGAGACGAGGGCAAGGACAAGGACAGAGACACCAAGGACAGACACAGGAAAGCCAAAGAGGCGGAACGUGAGCGUCAAUAUGAGCUCCCCCAGGAUCACAUGCCCCCCAACCCCCACCCUUCCCUGAUUGAACAGGUUUUCUCACAGCACCCCUUGACCCCCUCCAUCAAGGCCCAUGUGAAAGGCAGUCACCUGUACACCGACCUGAGACUCACCAGCCUGUCAGAUACCAAGCGCGGACAGCCGUCCUGGACCAUCGAGGAGUAUAAACGCAACUCAGGACAGAAGGGAAAGCACUUCACAGCUCUGGACCUUCAGACCCAGGAGUCCCUAAACCCUAACAACCUGGAGUACUGGAUGGAGGACAUCUACACACCGGGCUAUGACUCGCUGCUCAAGAGGAAAGAGGCGGCAUUCAGGAGGGCUAAGGUGUGUAAGAUCGGGGCACUGAUCGCCGCCGCGACCUGCACGGUGAUCCUGGUCAUUGUAGUUCCAAUUUGCACUAUGAAAUCAUGAGCGUGCCCGGACAGAGUGGCACUGCCCAGUGGAUGACACACUUUUACUGGUGUCCUGGUCUGUUCGUGGACUAGGUAAGUGUGCAGCAGAUUCACCGACAACAUGAUCGUGUUGGGAAUUGACUGUCAGUUUGAUGUUUUGUGCUUUUACUGCAGUAUUUACUUCUGGUGGUCUUUCUUGCCAAUAUAAAAAUGGUUAGGACAGCUAUUUUACAAUAGAAAUGAAUUCAGCAAGUGCAUAAUAUAUACUGUAUAUAUGUUGUAGUUUAAUGAAUUGUCAUAAACUGUGUGGGACAGUUGGAAACUCAUUGAUUGAAUUGUCCGUUGUAAACAACUGCAGCAGUUGAUCCCUGAAUAAAACUGGAUUUGUUGAUGUA